UACACAUGUUAUUAACAACUCCAGUUUUAAACCAAUCGACACUAAUAUUAUUUUUUAAAAAUGGAACACUGAAAAUCGAGACAGAGGAGGAGAUAGAGGUUGAAUAAGUGUACUGGGGUAAGGUUUUGAGAAACUCCUAAUUUUUUUAGUUUAUUUUUGAGAAACACCUAAUUUUUUUAGUUUUUUUUUUUUUUUUCUCCUCUCUUUAGUGAAAGUUUUUAUUUUAUUUUUAUUUUUUUAUCUUCAUUGUAAACGUAAACUCUACAUUUGAUUUUUGCUUGAUACAUAAGAUUUCACAGUUCACAUGACCAAAACAAGACAACUUGGUCAACUCCAACCAUAGCAGAUCUGUUCAAUUAUCAUCAAUGUUGCAGUACUUCUUCUGUGAGGAGUGUGUGUGAUAUAAGUAUUGUUGAGCUGUGUAUGUACCAGAAAAAGAAAGUAGCAUGGAGAUUUCUGUUGUUUGGAUUCUCGGAAUCUACUUUGUGCCGGUUUUCUAUGGAUUUGAAGUUGAAGCAAGAAAUCUUCAAUCUCCUCAAAUAGAGCAGCCUUACAGGACAGCCUACCACUUCCAGCCUCCCAAAAACUGGAUGAAUGAUCCUAAUGGACCAAUGUACUACAAAGGAGUUUACCAUCUGUUCUAUCAAUACAAUCCAUAUGGUGCAUUAUGGGGUAACAUUGUAUGGGGACAUUCAAUAUCAUAUGAUCUCAUCAAUUGGGUUCAUCUUGAUCAUGCUAUUUAUCCAUCUGACCCUUUUGACAUCAAUGGCUGCUGGUCUGGCUCUGUCACAAUCCUUCCCGGGGACAAACCAGCCAUUCUUUACACCGGAGCAGACACUAAGAAAAAUCAAGUUCAGAACUUGGCAGUGCCCAAGAAUCUAUCUGACCCUCUUCUAAGAGAAUGGGUAAAAUCAAAUCAAAAUCCCUUAAUGACUCCUAUUGAUGGCAUUGAUCCGAACUUCUUCAGAGAUCCAACAACUGCUUGGCAAGGGCCUGACAGAAAAUGGCGCGUUAUCAUUGGAAGCCAGAUAAAUGGUCAUGGAACUGCACUACUAUAUCAAAGUCUAGAUUUUGUUACUUGGACUAGGAGUCAGAAGCCUCUCCAUUCUUCGAAUAAAACUAUAAUGUGGGAAUGUCCGGAUUUCUACCCGGUUAAUAUUCAUGGCAAGAAUGGAGUUGAUACAUCAAUGCAAGGGGGAGCUACGGCUACCAAGCAUGUGCUUAAGGCAAGCUUCAAUUCGAGUGACUACUACGUAGUGGGAAACUAUGAGCCCAAAACAGAUCAGUAUCUGGUUGUCACCGACUUCAUGGAUGGUACUCAGCCGCCAUUGAGAUAUGAUUAUGGGAAAUUUUAUGCUUCCAAGACAUUUUAUGAUUCCGCGAAACAGAGGAGGAUAUUGUGGGGAUGGAUAAAUGAGUCUGAUCGUGAAUCAGAUGAUAUCAAGAAAGGAUGGUCAGGGCUUCAGUCAAUUCCUAGAAGUAUUUGGCUUGGUAAAAAUGGGAGGCAAUUAGUACAAUGGCCGAUCAAAGAAAUCGAAAAACUACAUGGAAAACAAGUGAAUAUCCAUAACAAAGAGCUUGAGGGUGGCUCUGUGUUUGAAGUUGUGGGAAUUACAGCUUCACAGGCGGACGUGGAAGUCUCAUUUGAUUUGCCAAAUCUUCAAGAGGCCGAGUUCAUGGACCUGAAUUUGGCUAAUCCCCAGCUCCUCUGUAGCCAAAAAACUGCAUACAACAAAGGGGUUAUCGGGCCAUUUGGUUUGCUGGCUCUCGCCUCAAAUGACUUAACAGAACAAACUGCAAUCUUCUUUAGGAUAUUUAAAAGCCAAGGAAAAUAUGCUGUGCUCAUGUGUAGUGAUCAAAGCAGGUCUUCUUUGAUACCAGAUCUUGACAAAACCACCUAUGGAGCUUUUGUCGAUUUAGACCCUCUUCGUGAGAAGAUUUCACUAAGAAGCUUGAUUGAUCAUUCAAUAGUUGAGAGCUUUGGUGGAGAAGGGAGGACUUGCAUCACAGCUAGGGUUUAUCCCAGUUUGGCUAUUGGUGAAGAAGCUCACCUUUAUGUAUUUAACAAUGGAAGUCAGAGUGUUAAAAUCUUAAGCCUUAGUGGUUGGAGCAUGAAGAAAGCUCAAAUUGUUCCUAUUCAGAAAAGAAGGAAGCCACCAAUCAAUUAAGAAGAACAUAACUUCAAGAAUUGGUCGCUGAAAAUUGGCAGAUUUCUUUGUAAACUCAAACAUUGGCACACCAUACUUAGAGAGUAGAGCACUCUACCAACUGAGUCUCUGGUUAUGUCCAAAAUUAUAGAGUUCUACAGUGAAUCAAUUUAUAACCUAUUUUUAAAUAUAGACAAGAUAAUCAAUCCGUUUUUUAAUCUCCCCAAACUUGAUACAAGUUCAUAACGGACACACCCUUAAUAUUUAGACUAGAAAUCAUAAGGUAUAAUAUUUAGACUACAAAUCAUAAGAUAAGAUAGCAGCCAU